AUGUUUCGACUGGUCAAACACACAUCCACAUUGUCGCAAAGGGCGAAGCUAUUAGUUGCGGCCUCAAAUUCCUUCAGAAAGGUAAUUUAGAUUGCAUUUUUUUGAUUGUUUUCUCUAGAUUUCUUCCUUCCAACCGUUGGUUUUGAACUCGCUCACAAGACAGCCAGCUGAUGUCCGACAAUUCCAUGUGUCGUCUGUCGUUCAAGCCGCUCAUGUAAGUCAACGUUAAUAUUGUGAAUAUUAUAUUUCUUUUUCUCGGAAUGAUUGUUCUCUUUUUAGCAACCCUUCACGAUCAAGAGUGUCCGUGAACGACUGCUUCUAACCUUGAGUCUCUACGACAAAAUUGAUCCGGAGAAGUUGACAUUGGAUUCGGAUUUCUUCAAAGAUCUUGGUCUGGACAGUUUGGACUUUGUGGAAGUUAUCAUGGCAAUUGAAGACGAAUUUAUGUUUGAGAUCCCCGAUGGCCAUGCGGAUCGCUUCAAGACUCCCCGGGAUAUCUUCCAGUUCAUUUGCGACAAAGAGGAUGUGUACGAAUAG